AUGUCGAGGCGGCGUUCUCGAGGGGCCUAUUAUGAACAUGACGAUAACUCAAUAACGAAACGUGGUCGCCUUGAUCGGGAUACUAUUGAAUCCCUUUUAUAUAGGAUUGGAUUGAAGGACACUGAAAAAAUCCAUAAGGACAUUAGUGAAUUGUGUAUACUUUUUUGUGCUGAAUUGGAAAAGAAUCCAGAGUAUUACGUGAAUGUGUUCGUGUCCUGCGCCAAGAAUAUCCCUGAACGUAUGCCUAUUUAUACAACUUUGUUGGGCCUUGUUAACUUAAAAAAUCGUGAAUUUGCCUCACGCGUCAUUGAAGUUAUUAUUAGGGAGCUAAAAGAUGCACUUAGAACAAGUAACUUCGAUGAUGUCAAAUAUUUGGUGCGCUUUCUCUCCAAUGCAGUUAACAGUAAUGUCGUUCAUCCGGCAAGUUUACUCUCGUUGUACGAGAAUUUCGCCGAAGUAACCCUCGAUGUUUGCGCCAGUUCGCAAUCUCGAACGGACUGGUACUCUUACGUCGUCCUUUACGCUCUGCCAUAUAGUGCAAAGCGUCUAAAUGAUCACAAUGCAGCAGCUCUAAAUGCCAUCCUGAGCACCAUCAAUGUAUACUUGUCGAAACGUCAAACGCUUCAUGUUCCCAUUCUUCGUGUCUGGGAUAACUCUGACCCACAUCCUCAAGAGGACUACCUGACUUGUUUGUGGUCGCAAAUAACUUCAAUGAAGAAUGCCAAUUGGAAGGAACACGUCCUUUGGCGGAUAUACGACGCGUUCCCUGCGCUUCGGGAAUCCGGACAGCCCUGCGAAUUCGGUCAGAUUACUCCUCCUGACUACGACUCAGAAAUCGUAUACCCUUUGCCGCAAGUAGUGUUCCGCAUGUUUGAUUAUACCGAUAUUUACAAUGCGGACGAGGACGACGAAUCUGGUGUGCUUGAUCCACAGAAGAACACCAAAGGCACUUCGUCUUCUGCCUCCCCAACUCUUCCAGGUGCCCACACCAUUGAAAGGUUCCUAGUGGAUGAACAAAUUCACAUAAUCUUGGAAACAAUGCAUUUCAACCGUGCUAUGUGUGCCCUAGCCCUGCUGAAUUUGCAGACACGUGCCAAAGUGGCACUUGACUACAUGAUUGUGGAAGCCAUAUUUUCGGACAUAUUCCGCCUCCCUAAGCCACCCGUUCGUCAUGGCAACCUCCUCUUCUACGCCUCACUCCUCAUCCAACUUUGCAACGACGCCGUCAACACGAUGCCUCUGGUGCUCGCACAGGCCACCGAAACCCUAUUUGAGCGCCUCGAUACGAUGAAACCAGUGUGUAUUGCGAGAUUCGUAGAGUGGUUUUCGUUCCAUCUGACCAACUACCAGCUGAAGUGGAGUUGGCGCGACUGGUCCCGUGCGCUGGAGGAACCCGUGAUGUCGCCACGCCGGUGGUUCAUUUCCGAGACCCUGCGCCGCCUUGUACGCUACUCCUAUUACGAGAACGUGAAGCAACACCUGCCGCGUUCGUUCUAUUGCCUUCUGCCACCGCAGCCGGCUCCCAUCAACCCCUACGAAAACGCGUGUAAUGACCCUGUCAAUGUAACCGCUCCGGCCCAGCGUCGCGUUUUUACUCGUGUCCUAGACGCCUUCCACGAGCGUCACAGCCCCGACGGCCUGCUUGACAUCAUCCGUCGCCUCGCCUCUCAAACGGGCGACGUUUUUAAUGACUCUGACGAUGAUAAUCACCGUUCACGCAGUAACAGUCGCUCAGGAAGCCACUCGGACACCGACAACGACCCCAUGGAGGGUAAAACGGCUGAGCGAUCUCGUGUGGCUGGUCGCCACCGACACCGGCGUGGUGACGAGAAACGGUCCCGUUCCCACUCCUCCUCCUCCUCCUCGUUUUCAAGGGAAAUGGCAAAAGAAGAAAACAACAAUGAGAAGGGUGGAGAAGGUGGCUUGACAAAAGGUUCAACUUCUGAACGGAACGUCUCACCUCCACGGAUGAAUGAAGAGGCAACAAAAAGGGGGGACGCAAAUGGAGACUGUUUGGUUCCUGGUGUCACGAGUCGCGAGUUGGAGCUCUUCAUGACUGCCCUGCUCUAUCGAGCCCACAAAACCAUCAGCCACACAUGCUCGUUGCUUAACCGGUACUCGGAAACGUUCAAGAUCCUCGCAUCGACGGUGGAGCUGCAAGUGGAAGCCCUGCACAUCCUACAGGCAGUUUGGUGCAAUCAGUCGCAGAUGGUAGUGGCUAUUUCUGAUUACAUGUCGCGCUUAGGCAUGCUCGAUCCGGAGUCGAUUGUUGGCUGGGCCUUCUCGCCCUACAUGUCCGCCUUCUGCGGCAACCUCGCCCCCUCCAACAACGUCUACAUCCGUCCAAGGAUGCUCGAAUUGCAUGUGUGGGAAUGCCUGAUGCGCACUCUGGUUCGCGUCGGUCAACGCAUUGCUCAAAUCACGCCCAAACUGGAAGCUGCCAAGGAUCGUUUGGGUGCACGGCGCCGCAAGUCUGCAAGUGAUUCGCGGUCCAGUGAGAGCUGUAGUGACUCGGAAAACGACGACGGCGACCUGCGCAACAAGAUUCGUCGCGGGCGCCGUCACCAGCGCAACCGCCGUCGAAGUCGCAGCCGCAGUGGCGGCGGUGGCCACUCGAGCGACUCGAGCGGUCGUUACCGCCGCGGCGCCUCGCCCGGCAAGGUUGCGCGCUUGGAGGAGGAGCGGGGCGAGGCGGUGCGCUCGCAGUGCGCCGUCAUCACCCUCCUGCUCCACCGCCACGUCCGACUCAUUGCCCUCGUCGAGGAGGCGCUAGAGAGGGGAUGCGAAAACGACACCAACGUCGACUUCAACUUCAUGGGAUACUGGCUAAAAGGCCGACUUAUACAAACCGUUUUGGAGCACCAGGAUCAGCUGUUUCCAUACAUGGAUAACCUGGAGGAGCUGAUGUCCGAUGUAACGCCGUUCGUGCGCAACGUUUUUCAGGCGCUGCGCAGUCUCUAUGCAUAG